AUGGAGGCGGCUCGUAACCGUUCAGACGGCGGCGUGAAUCUGCCCGAGGGUCCCGCCAAGUACAUCGCCGCCGGGGAUAAGGAGGCUCCCUCGUGGCUACAGAAGCUCGAGCUCAUCCAGUCCAUCCUUGGGCAGGGUCACAGGAUCACGCUCGCCAGGCUCGGCGCCGCGAGCGUCUACCUUCGUUGGAUCAGCACCGGCGCGCUGUUCUGCGCCGAGGACGGUAACCACCACAGGCCGAACCGACCGGCUGAGAUUGCGAGGGAUAUCUUCGUGAGCCUCGAGACCGUCGCGGGCGAGCUGUACAAGCACGGCGCGGAGGUUGGUGAGGCUGAGAGGCAGAUGAUGCGCCAGAUCCACCCGUGGCUUCCCUCGUUCUCCUCGGAGUUUGCCUGCUCGGAGCCCCUGACGCGAAUCCGCAACAUCGCUCACAGGAGCGACAUCAGCGAGGACCUGAAGAAACAGAUCAAGCACACCAUCCAGAACAAGCUGCACAGGAACGCGGGUCCCGAAGACCUCGUGGCCACCGAGGCGUUCAUCAAGCGCAUCACUGUGGACGCCCACCCGGGUGAGUGCCCCCAGGCGUUUGUCGACGAGUUCAUGCUCUUCUACGACGAGCUCAAGAGGUUCUUCAACUGCUCCGGCGCGAUUGAGCGACUGGACGCCAUGUACGACACCUUCGAGGACGAGACCCGCGCGCAGGUGCAGGAGCUCAAGGAGGCCAUGUGGGCCCUGGACGACGGGUCCGCGGGUCACGACGGUCUGACCGGAGGCGAGGGCCAGGCCAUCCUUCGCGCGCUCCGGGCGUCCAUCGAUGUCCGCGGCAUCUUCACCGGGGGACUGUCCACCGGCAUGCGCAACGACGCGCCCGACGAGGCGGUGUCGCAGCGCCAGGCGUGGAGACUCGCGGAGAUUGCCAUCGAGGAGCUCGCCUUUGUGGUCCUCGCGAGGGCUCUGCAGUCCGCGGGCGCGGGCGUCGAGGGCGAGGGAGACGAGAAGACGAGUCACUUUGCCAACGCCCUCAACUCCGGUGACGCGUCCAUGUGGGGUUGCGCCGCGGCAGCCGCCGCCGCCGGCAUGAGGCACAUGGCUCUGUCCAUGUGGCGUCCGAUGGAGUGCAACGCAGUCGCGCGUGAGCUCGAGGCGUGGGUGCAGCACGGAUCGCCAAUCGCGACGCAGGAGGAUGCGUUGCGAUGCCGCGCGUCCCUGCAGCGCGCGAGGCGGCUCGUGGAGGCUCACACCCAGGCGCUCAUCGACGGCUUCGGCGACGCGCCCGUCGGUCUCGGCAAGUCGUUUGGUAUUCAGGAACACGUGGGCGGGACGUUCGUCGACGCCGUCAUCCGCGCGAACGUUUCGUUUCAGCUCUCCAGGCUCGUCUCGCCGAUGCUCCGCGCGGCGACCUCGGCUGCCGGGUCCGACACCGCGGGCUACGACGCCAUCGUGCUCGGGGGACCGGUGGUUGGCAUCCUGCAGGAGUGCGACCGCCUCGAACCCGGCGCGGUGAAGGAGAACUGGCACAAGGGUAGGGUCGCACCGGUCGUCGCGCUGGUGUGGGGCGCGGACGGCGACGAGGAGGUUUCGGCUGCGGGGAAACAGGUCCGAGGCGUCGUGCUGGCGAGGGAUCUGCCGCACCUGUCGCAUCUCGCCAUCCGAGCCAGGCAGGAGCAGGUCCCUCUGGCCACGACCGAGGAUGAGGAGACCAGAAACUACGCCAGGUACCUCGUGGGGCAGUGGGUGUUCUUUCACGUCACCCCCGAGGGUGUCAUCCUCGCGCCUGCGACGGAUGCGCAGAUUGCCGCGUACGAAGCGGAUGCCGCGCGCAUACCCAAGGCCGAACCUCCCACCGCCGCACCCGCCGCACCCGCGCCCGAACCGGCGCCCGAGACCAAAGCCGAGGCCGAUUCCGUGGAUGACGAGACACCCACGCCCGAGACGAAGGUUGCCGAGACGAAGGUCACCGCGCAGGGUACCGUGCAGUUCUCGGACAAGCUGGAGUGUCGCCCGUUGGGCGACGCCACCAAGGAGACGGGCGGCGCUAAGGCUUCGGUGUGCGGCGAGCUCACCCACUUCGCCGAACGUCCCGAGGCUGGCUUUAAGGCUCCACCCGGUGUCUUUGUCCCCUUUGGCGUGAUGGAGACGUGCAUUAGGGAGGCUGGCAAGGGUGACGAGCUCGUAAAGCUCAUCGCCGCGCUCGACGCCGCCGCCGCGCCCGACGAUCCGGAUCCCUCAUCGAUCGAAGACGCGUGCAAGGCUGUCAGGGACCUCAUCGAGCGCGUGCCCUUCCCCGCCGACUUGGCGGCGCAGAUUGCGGCGGCGAUGCCCACCAACUCCUGGGUGGUGGUCAGGUCCAGCGCCAACGUGGAGGACCUCGCGGGCAUGUCCGCCGCUGGUCUGUACGAGUCCGUGCUCGGCGUGUCCACGUCGUCGGCGGCGGAGCUGGGUUCCGCGGUUCAGGAGGUGUGGGCGUCGCUUUACAGCCGCAGGGCGGUGAUGGCGCGACGCGCGGCGGGUCUGAAGCAGGCUGACGCUCACAUGGCGGUUCUCGUCCAGGAGAUGGCGCCGGCGACUGUAUCCUUCGUGCUGCACACCGCCGCGGUGUCCGGGGCUGACAACACGAGGGGCGCCGACGGUUUCGCGCCGUCGCGCACGCUCGAAGCCGAGAUUGCGGUUGGACUCGGGGAAACCCUGGCAUCCGGCGCGAGGGGCACGCCGUGGCGCCUGGAGAUUGACCAGACUUCUGGUGACGUGCGAACCACGGCGUUCGCGUCGCUGAGCACGGCGUUCAUGAUGCACGAGCACGCCAUGCACUUGGGGAUGAACACCGUGGCUGUGGACUACUCGAGACAGGAACUCAGCACGGACAAGGAGAAGAGGGACACGCUGGGAAGGAGGCUCGCGGCGGUUGGCGCCGCGCUCGAGGCUGAGUACGGCGCGCCCCAGGAUAUCGAGGGUUGCGUAGUCGGGGAUGACGUUUACAUCGUGCAGUCUCGGCCGCAGCCACUGUGA